AUGUCCAUGUCGUCGUCCAGAGCGCGGCGGGGCGGGAGCGGCGGCGGCGGCGGCCGGCAGCUGCAGUUCCCCGUGGGACGGUGGCGCCACGUCGCGGUGGUCGACGCCGGGUGCGGGUGCCGCCCGCGCCGGGCGACCACGAGGCUGCUCAGCCAGCUGCCGUCCUUCCUCCGGCCCUCGCCCAAGCCGACGCAGCCGGCGCCCAUGCGGAGCAGCUCCCGCUCCUCGUCCGGCUUCUUCCCCUCCUCUGCCUCCACCGCCUCCUCCUCCGCCGCCACCUUCACCACCACCCACUCCUCCUACUCCAACUACUCCACCUACUCCAGCGCCUACAAGAAACAUCAGGAGCCGCCGUCGUCCAAAGUGACGACGUCCAACGCUGUUUCGGCGGCGGAGGGGGUGGGGGCCAAGAAGAGGCGGGGCAAGAAGAAGAAUAAGAGGUACGACAAGAUGGGCGCGGCGGCGGCCUCGGAGGAGGAGGACGUCGGGGUGGCAGUGGAGAAGGAGUCGUCGGACCCGCGCGCCGACUUCCGGGAGAGCAUGGUGCAGAUGGUGGUCGAGAUGGGGCUCUGCGGCUGGGACGAUCUCCGCUGCAUGCUCCGCCGCCUUCUCGCGCUCAACGCGCCGCGCCACCACGCCGCCAUCCUCGCCGCCUUCGCCGAGGUCUGCGCGCAGCUCACCGCGCCACCACCUCCGCCGCCGCCGGCGUACCACGCCUACGACUACGACUACCACUACCACUACUGAGCACCGAUGGCUAGCUGGUCAGGCCACCACCACUCCACCAGCGAGCUCGUGUUCUGGGCUCGAGAUCCUCGCACCACCCGUGUGCUUACGCGCUCGUGCAGGCUGAUGCAUGUCACCGGGUGGUGAUAGGAUCUCGAAGGAGAAAGCUCCUAGCAAGCUAGUAGUUUCAGCAUUAGUGCCAGGUCCUUGUGUUUGCUAUUCAGUUCAUCUUUUGUUGGGUUUGUUUGUGAUUUUCUUGCUAGCUUGCUCCGUGUUUUGCAGUGUGCUUUGUCUUAGUGUGUUCGGCUGGCCUUCGGUUUUGGAUGAAGGUCCCUGAAGAAGUACUAGUUUUAUAUAUUGGCAGAGUACGUAUAUUUAGUUCGUGACGAUGUAACUAUGUUAACAAAUUUGUGAGGUGUGUUUUUGCUCUAUAUAUGCA